UUCCUGUCCUCUGUCCUCUCGACUAUCCUCUGUUCUCCUUCCUAUCCUCUGUCCUCCUUCCUGUCCUCUGUCCUCUCGACUAUCCUCUGUUCUCCUUCCUAUCCUCUGUCCUCCUUCCUUUCCUCUGUCCUCUCGACUAUCCUCUGUUUUCCUUCCUCUCCUCUGUCCUCCUUCCUGUCCUCUGUCCUUUUAUUUCUUUAGCCAUGAACCAUCAGAUGUGAUGAGUAACUGGAGAAUGUUUCUGUGAGGUGAUUUUUAACAUCUCUGAACUCUGAAUAACCGGAAACAUGAUGGAGCAGGGGAAGUCAUUUGAAGAGAAGGAGAAAAGGGAUGAAGACUGAACUGAAGCAGUGAAGAAGGUUUAGAUGCAAGUCUGCACCAACAGCAUCAAAUAUUUAAAUUAAGAAAACAUCUACUCUUAGUCUUAAAUCAUUCCACAACGUUUUUACAGUCUUUGAAUCUAGACCUGGAUCAAGUAGAACCUCUGGAUGUGGUAGAACAGGAGAUAAUGAAAUGUCAACUUGGAGCAGAGUCUCAGAGGAAGGUUUCAACAUCUCGAGGAUCCAUGAAGAACUGAGGAACUAUCCAGUGUCAAGCAGGUGUUCCUAAUAAAGUGAUCAGGUGUAAAUGUAAUGAUGUUACCCACGCUGCAUAAACAUCUUAUUUCUUCUGUGUGUGUGUUUUAAUGAGAUGGAUUCCUGGCCUCCUCGAAUGGACUUGGACCCCACUCCUCUCACCUAUCUAGUCAAUCAUUAAUAUCUCCGUGGCUCCGACCAACACGGAAACCACAGGACCAAAGUCUGAGGAUCGUCUGAUCCAGGGACAUGGCGGCUUCAUGUGGUGCUGUUCAUUCACCUCUUCUCGCUGACUGACUAAUGUGUUCCUGUCCAUCAGGUGGACACAGAGCAGCGCAGCAUCACAAUGAGACCUGGAAAAGGGGCCAACUGUAGCUGGAUCAGGCCUGAGAUCCCUCUGUCCUCACAGAUCUUCAGUGCCAUUGAGGAUGACCUAUGGCUCUUCCUCAUCCCGGCGGGCCUGGCUGUUAUCAUGCUGGGGGUGUUUCUGGAGGAGGUGGGCUUCUUUCUGCGUCACGUCCCCUCGUCCAGACAGAAAUGCCUCUACUUAUGGAUCCUAGGAAUGUACCCGGUGUUUGCCUUCACCUCCCUGAUAGCGCUGUAUGUGCCACGUUCCUCCUCGCUGUGUAACUUCAUCGCUUCUCUGUAUCACUCUGUGACCUUGCUGAAGUUCAUGGGGCUGAUCACAGACUUCUUUGGAGGGAAAGCUCGUAUGUUGUCCGCUCUGUCUGGACAGCAGGUGUCUCCAGACCCUUUCCCAUGCUGCUGCUGCUGCUGCUGUCUCCCAAUGGUGGCCAUCAACAGCAGCCGUGGCUGGAUGAUGGCGGCCGUGCUGCAGCUCUCUGUGGUCCGCAGCAUCCUGUUCUUCGUCACUCUGGUACUGUGGACAGACGAGCGCUACGCCUACGGUGAUGGGGAUCCAGUCAACCCUAACCUGUAUGUGAAUGGCAUCAUAUGUGUGUCCACCUUCGUGUCUUUCUACGGCCACCUCCUCUUUUACAAAGCCACUAAGAGAGCUCUACCUGGAUAUGGACUGAGAGCCAAGUUCAUCUGCAUCAUUGUGGUGUUGGUGCUGUGUGGCCUGCAGAGCGGCAUUUUAGAGACCAUGGGUGCUCUGGAGGUGAUCCCCUGCACACCACCCUUCUCCGUCCUGGCCAGGUCCCAGUUGAUCUACCACUACUGUGUGAUUGUGGAGAUGUUCUGCAUUGGCCUGUACGCCCGCCACACUUUCCGUAAGGUGGAACCGAGCAUGGUGGAGGAGGUGGAGGGGCCCAUCGGUGUGUGGCAGAUGGACAAAGGCAUUCAGACAGAUGAUGUUCAGACUGUGCAUCAGAACCGUGGUGUGUUCUCAGAGGACGCUCGGCCUGGCCGCCGCCUCGUCAGCACUUCCAAUCCAAGCUACAGCGAAGACAGUCUGUGCAGGAUAGAGCACGCUCCUCUUGAUGGUUUCCCCUUCCCUCAGGCCCGAGGUCAGCAGCCAGGCAGACCACAUCCAGUGGAGCCCAGGUCUGCAGAGGACCCAGGUGUAGAGCUGACCCACAUCACUGUCAGAGCUGAUAUCAACUAUCAGGACUGUAAGGAUGUCACUGUGGUUUGACCAACAAACAAAACACUACAUAAACCAGGACCAGCAUCCUCACUGCUGCCAAGGGCCCAGACUGGAUCUGAACCUGGGGCCACUGUAGAAAAGACUGAGCCUUGUUAUGUGCUCCACCAGCUGAGCCACUGGAACCUCCCUUUAGCUCACAUUUUAACACUGCAGAAAAUGUUCAUCAAUGUAAACAACAGGAGAAAUGUUGCUGCUUCUCACUUGUAAACUUCCAGAUGUAUUUUAUAUGUUAAUUGUUUUGCAGCUGUUGAACACUGCAGCACUCAUCUCCAGGGGCUUGGAUCGUACCACAUUUACACACAGAGCUUUGGACUGAAGUGUUAUAAUAAUAAUAAUAGAUAACAGUUCUGUCUUUAACAUCUAUAUUUGCUGCAGCACACACACACAUCUGUUGUGCAAAUCACACGUGGUCUUCUCUCAGGACAGAGAAUAGAUGAAUUUACAUUUUAUAUUUGCCCUCACCAGUGAGAACGUGGCUGCUUCUCUCUUUGAACUUGGACAACUUCUUCCACCCUCCAGCCACAUUUUUCAAAUCCAGAAGCUUUUUCAAAAAGCUUCCAGGUUAUUGAAUCUGAAAAUGUUGUCCCCCUGUUUUAGUGUGAAUGAAAAUAUGUUUAUGUUUAAAAAUAUGUGCAUUUCCCCGAACAUGUUCACCUGCUGACGUCAGCCAUCACUUGUAUCCCACUUGGUUGUCAGGUUAUAUUUAUGAUCACAUGUUGUAUUUGUUGAGCUAACGACAACAGAAACAGAAAGAACAACCACAAUGUGAGUUUGACUCAUUUACUGAAAC